GAACUUGUUGGAUAAUACUCGUACUCGUAACAGAAUAUGUUUCUGCCACAAUUUCCCAGACAAUUGCAACCUAUCACUUCUUGGCAAUUGUUUCAAAACAGUAGGUACACUCAAUUGAGAAGUGGUAAUAAAAUAAAAUCUCACCAAUGGAACCCUCAUAAGGCUGAGCUAGCACCACAUUUUUAGAUUGCACAAGUCGGUGUCAGGACAUAGGUUACUAAUUACCCCUUGAAUUCUGUCUUCUUGUCUUCGGGAGUUGACUGCGAUUCGAGAUAUACCAUUUUGCAAUCAAGCAUCUAUUCUACUAUUUAAAAUGUCAACAGAAAAUCAAACGGAAGUCGCAGGCAUCGAGAAAGAGAUGGCCGGUGUUAAUCUAGGGGGUUCUGCUAAUGGGCAGACAUCUUCAGCUUCAAUUGAGGGAAAAGGACCAAGUCCUCUCAAGCCACCAUUUCUCAACCCUCUCGAGUCUUCGAAGCCUCCUCCUUCGCCAGAGCUCACAGAGGAACAACAGAAGAAAUACGAUGCGCUGUUAGAAACUGUCAAGUCAUGGACAGAAAUUCCAGCCAAAGAUUCAAAAGGAGGGCCUAUCACGGAUAGUGAAAAAUUAUGGUUGACAAGAGAAUGUUUAUGCCGAUACUUGCGAGCAACAAAAUGGUCCGCUACGGAAGCACCAAAGCGACUGUUAGGGACUCUGACUUGGAGGCGAGAGUACGGUGUGAGCAAUCUUACUGGCGAUGACCUCUCAAUCGAGAACGAAACCGGCAAGCAGUUCAUCUUUGGUUAUGAUAACGAAGGACGUCCAUGUCAUUACUUGAAUCCUGGAAGACAAAAUACGGAACCGAAUCCCAAGCAAGUACAACAUUUAGUAUUCAUGCUCGAGCGAUGUAUCGACUUGAUGAUUCCAGGCCAGUUCACGCUCGCAUUGUUGAUCAACUUCAAGUCCAGUAAGAGCAGAUCGAACACAGCACCUGGCAUUGGGCAAGCUAGAGAAGUCCUGAAUAUUCUCCAAACUCACUACCCUGAACGACUUGGGAGAGCUUUGAUUAUCAACAUUCCUUGGAUGGUGAACGGCUUUUUCAAACUCAUCACCCCAUUCAUUGAUCCAUUGACUAAAGAAAAGUUGAAAUUCAAUGAUGACAUGAAACAGUACGUACCUCCUCAACAACUCUGGGCUGAGUUUGAUGGAGAGUUUGCAUUCGAGUAUGAUCAUGCAACCUACUGGCCGGAGUUGAUCAAACAAUGUGAGGGGCGUCAACAGAGUGCUUUUGAGCGUUGGGUCCAGGCGGGGAAGCACAUUGGAGAGAGUGAAGUUUAUUUGAAGGGUGGAAAUGUUCCUAGCAUCAGCGGCGGUGCUGCUGAGGAAAUGCCAUCAAAUGGUCAUGCCGUUGAACCGAAAACACUCGGGACAUUGUCCGAGAUAUCAGGAGACAUCAACGGAAAAUCCGAGAAGAAUGACGAGGCAUGAGAUCCAUAGAAAAGACUGCACAAAUGAUUUGUUUGCAACAGGAUAUAAUAGACUAGAUAUUAAUAAAUUAAGUAAAUAAUAAUUUCA